AAAAAAAAGGAAACGAACACAAACUUUUUUGAUUUCUUUUUCUUGCUGACUUUGACCAAGUCACAAAACCAUCCUGAUUCAAUGGGUUCUACGAGUUUAGUGCAUAUAAAUGCCAUAGUAUAAAAGUACUUAUAGUUAUUACAAUGUUGAAUUCAAUUAUUUAUAUUCAAUUGACCUUGGAAUAACCCGAGUGUAUUAGUAAAAUCUAGUCUUAUUUUCUCUUAUUCAAGUUUCUGUUGACAAGUCUACUUGUAUCACGUGUUUCAGCAAUAAACCAAGGUUGUGCACUCUUCUUUUUUAUAAAUAAUCUCUCACUUUGUGUUAUGGUGUCUAGUUCAUUCAUCAAAAGGUUUCGAAAGUUAGACGCAUAUGCAAAGACACUAGACGAUUUUAGAGUUCGUACGGCUACAGGAGGAACUGUUACUAUCAUCUGUGGCAUCACCAUCCUAUUGCUCAUGUUGUUUGAAACAGCAAGAUACCUAACACCUGUAAUGAAACCAGAAAUCCUUGUUGAUGGUGGAAAGAUGGAAAAACUGCCUAUUAAAUUUGAUAUCACGUUUCCUCACCUUCCUUGUUACAUGCUUAGUUUGGACAUCAUGGACGAAAGUGGAGAGCAUGUUGCUGAUUAUGAUCAUGAUGUUUAUAAGGAAAGGUUAGAUCCCGAGGGCAAGGUUAUCCUAACUGAAAAAUCAAACGAUUUAAGCAACAAUGCAGCCAAAAAAGCAAGACAACAUAGUCCUGAAGUGCCCGACAACUACUGUGGACCUUGUUACGGUGCCAAACCGCAAGAGGAAUGCUGUAACUCAUGUGAAGAAGUACAACGCGCUUAUGCUGAUGUAGGCUGGAACACAGACCCAGAUAAGUUUGAACAGUGUAUUCGAGAAGGUUGGAAAGAAAAGGCACAGGCUCAAGCAAAGGAAGGCUGUCGAAUGCAUGGAACUAUAUCAGUCAACAAGAUUCGUGGCAACUUCCAUUUCUCUGCUGGUAAAGCAUUCAGUCAAGGUGGAUCACAUAUUCAUGAUAUGAGCCAAUUCCUGCACAAUGAUCAAAACCAAAACUUUAUGCAUUUCAUUAAACAUUUACAGUUUGGUCAGCACGAAUAUCAUUCAGAAAAGCAAAAGCGAACGAAAUCAAGCGAAUUGAUUCACCCACUUGAGAAUACGAAAUGGGGAUCUGCCAAUACCGCAAUGAUGUAUCAAUACUUUUUGAAGAUUGUACCAACAGAAUUCCACUUUUUGAACAAAAAGAGGAUCAGAACAUUCCAAUAUUCUGUUAGCAAACAAGAUCAUGUAGUCAAUUAUUUUGGAGGACUUCCUGGAGUCUUCUUUAUGCUAGAUCAUUCACCUAUGCGAAUCAUCUACUCAGAAACAAAGAUGUCUUUGGCAACUUACUUGACAAACAUAUGCGCUAUCAUUGGCGGCAUUUUUACCGUAGCCAGCGUUAUUGAUGGAAUUUUAUAUAGAGCCGAAAGGAUGUCAAAACAAAGGAAGAGCAUGUAAAUAAAUUAACCAAAGUGUGACAAUGGUCAAAUUGUGUGCGAUUUUACCCGCAACAUUCGGAAGCUAGAAAAUAGAUAGGUUAGAAUCCUUUUUGAUCCGAAAAAAAAAGGGGGAAGUGGAUAAAGGAAAGACAGAGGGAGGCCUAUACUCUCUAUUGAAUGAGUAUAGUAACAGGCCUUUUCCAUCAUGUUUUCUCAUUGUAUUUAUCAAGAAUGAUGUUGAUCUUUGUGGGGU